AUGGCGGAGCACUGCAAGAUUUCUGCUGCCAUUGUAGCCGAGUCCGAGGAGAGAUCAAGGUCAUAUGCCUUUGGAUACUCAAGAACCAAGCGGCUGAUCAAGGUCCACGAGAGCGUGACAUCUCCCCCUUUCUGCGUCGGAGGUCACGACUGGAUCCUUGAGUACGUCCCCAAAAAUGGAGUUCUAAUAUCCGUCUACCUGGUUCUCGAUUCCGCUGGCGCAAAAGACGUGAAGGCAAAGGUCAGGUUCUCUUUACUCGACAACGACGGCGUCCCGGUGCCGUCGUGCAGCCACACCAUCCCUGAACAUGUCUUCCCAGGCAAAGGAUCAGCCUGGGGAGUCUUCAAUUUCGUUAAGCGAGAGGAUCUGGAGCGACCGGCGCACCUGAUAGAGGACUGCUUCACCAUCCGUUGCGACGUCACGGUCAUGAAGGAGUUCAAGGGCCAACAAAAUGGCUGGUUCGUCAAGGUCCCUCCGAGCGACUUGCACCGGCAUCUCGGCGACUUUCUGAAGAGCGGGGAUGGAACGGACGUGACCUUCCAAGUCGACGGCAAGACCUUCUCGGCCCAUCGGUCCGUGCUCGCUGCUCGGUCGCCCGUGUUUAAGGCGGAACUCUUCGGCGCCAUGAAGGAGAACUCCCGUGAUCCGGUUAAAGUCGAGGAUAUGGAAGCCGACGUGUUCGGAUCCUUGCUCCACUUCAUAUACACGGACUCGCUGCCGCAGAUGACCCGUGAGGGAGACGAUGCGGUGGCAGCUAGCCAUCUUCUUGUAGCGGCGGACAGGUACGACGUCCAGAGGCUGAAGCUCAUCUGCGAGGAGAAACUGUGCAGCCACAUUGACACCGACACUGUGACGACCAGCUUGGUUCUGGCUGAGCAACAUAACUGCCAUGGGCUCAAGGAAGCAUGUCUACAGUUCCUUGCUUCUCCGGCCAAUUUGGAGGCGAUGAAAGCAAGCGAUGGCUAUGUGCAUCUCAAAAGCAGUUGCCCGUCUGUUCUCAAGGAGUUGAUCGCUAGACUCCUGCCCGUUGAACUGAAAGCGGCCAAGGACAUUGUCAUGGAAAUUUAG